ACAGGACCUACAGGAUAUUAAUCAAAAGAUCAUUCACUUCUUAAGACGAUGGCUGAAACUGAUGAAAAGAUUGCAUUUGUGAGCAACCUCAAUGGCACCACUCUGGUAGAAGUAUCUCUUGGAUCCGUCCUCGCUCCUCUCUGUCUUCUCAGCAGAGGACUGUGCCUCAUAUUGUUCCAUCUAAAUAAAGGUGUUCUUCCAUUAAGCAAGAGUGCUAACCUUGUUCUGGAUUUCACCAUGCUUAUAAUGCCGCUGGUUUUAUCAUGUACUGUUCUUAGUGAUGUCCUUCACUGGGUUAUAAUAGGGCUGGCUGGGGUUGAGCUCACUUUAUAUCUCUACUUGUUUCAAAAUAAAAAACCUUCAUCUCGUUGGAAUCUGACUGAAAGCUUUGCAAACAUCAACGUGGAGUCCAGACAGGUUCCUUUUGUGACUGUGUUUAGGGUGCUGGUGAACGUCAAGACAGCCAUCAGCAUCUUGGCUGUGGACUUCAGCGUGUUUCCGAGACGCUACGCCAAGACUGAGACCUAUGGGACGGGUGUCAUGGACUUUGGUGUGGGAGCAUAUGUUAUGGCCAAUGCAAUGGUGUGCCCAGAAGCCAGGGGCAAAAAGAUUCAAGGCUCAAAAUUUAGCCAUUUAGUUAAACAGCUUCUCUCGGUGUGGCCCCUGCUUGUCCUUGGAUUUGCCAGGCUUCUGAGCUUGAAGUCAUCAGGCUACCAUGAGCAUGUCACGGAGUAUGGCGUCCACUGGAACUUCUUUUUCACUUUAGCUAUAGUGAGAGUUGUGGCGUCUGCUCUUCUAGUUGUGUUUCCCAUCAAAAUCUCCUGGCUUGUUGCUUUGCUGCUUAGUGGAGUUUAUCAGAUCAUGUUAGAAACAACUGAUCUGAAAUCGUUUAUCAUCCAGAAUGGUGAACGCAAUGGCUUUCUUCAGGCCAACAAGGAAGGAAUAUUCUCAGUGGUGGGUUACAUCGCCGUCUACAUGUUCGGAGUUCAGGUUGGUCUCUACGUGAUGCAGACCAGAACUUUGGUAAGAGACUGGAUACGAGUGGUCAGGAACCUUCUCCUGACAAGCUUUGGACUUUUCAUGGUUUUAUUUGCAUGCCAGACGUAUAUAGAGCCGGUUUCACGUCGGAUGGCGAAUUUCCCAUUCUGUAUCUGGACCUUAGCGCAGUCCUUGUUUUUUCUUUCUUGUUUAGGCAUGGCUGAUAUUGUGUUGCUUUUUGCUAAAGUGAUAUCAAAUUGUUCGCAUGUGUCAGCAUCCUGGAAUCCUGCUGGCAGGACACAGACAGAACGGAAAAUUACAAACAAAUUAGACACACUGUGCCUCGUUCAGUCCGUGAACAGGAAUCAGUUGCUGUAUUUUCUUCUUGCAAAUGUAAUGACCGGUCUAACUAAUGUAUUCGUAGACACUUUGAAAAGCAGUUAUUUCUUUGCUGCUUGUGUUUUGUUGUGUUACAUGUUCAUGAACAGUUUAGUUAUAUUUAUUUUACACAUUAAAAAUGUUACAAUCAAGUUUUGGUAACUUUUGGAAUUAGGCUACAAAGACUGAUGUGUGACCAGGUGGUCCUGUAUUAAUGAAUAAUUCUACCCAGGGUUUUAUAAAUAAUAAACACCUGAAUAAAUGUUCUACAAAA